AUGUCCUGUCCCGCACUUACCGAAUUUGAUAUUGGCUGGAUAUGCGCUCUGGCUAUUGAGGUUGCGGCAGCCAGUGAGAUGCUUGAUGAAAAAUUUGAGCCACUACAGGAACAAGACGCCGGCGACUCCAAUAUUUACACCCUGGGCCGAAUAGGUAAUCACAAUAUCGCGAUAGCUUGCCUACCUGCGGGUCAAUAUGGAACCACUUCGGCUACAACCGUCGCGAAAGAUAUGCUACGCACAUUCUCAAACUCGUUGCGGGUCGGGCUUAUGGUCGGUGUUGGGGGAGGCAUUCCAUCCCCCGACCAUGAUAUACGUCUUGGCGAUAUUGUGAUCAGCUGCCCAGACGGUACUUCCGGAGGCGUCACUCAGUAUGAUAUGGGGAAAAUCUCCGUUGGUGGUAAACUCCAACGCACUGGUUCUUUGAAUAGUCCCCCAAGAUCAUUGCUGGCAGCGGUCAACGGUAUGAGGGCAGCAGAACUGACUGAUGAUCCUCGCUAUCCGCAAUAUCUUCAGAAUGCGGCUGGUAGAACUGCAAGAACCAAGAAGAAUUUUAGCCGGCCUGAUUCACGACAUGAUCGGUUGUUCAGAAUUGAGCACCCGCAUCCUGAGGCUACCAAGAACUGCGACACAUGCUUAGCCGAAUGGGAGGAACCUAGAGACGAGCGAGAGGAUGAUUUUCCACAACCAUUCUAUGGUAUAAUAGCAUCUGGCAAUGUCGUUAUCAAAGAUGCGUCGACAAGAGAAUCUAUUCGUUCUGAAACGGGGGCACUUUGCUUUGAAAUGGAGGCAGCUGGUCUCAUGCAAGAUUUUCCAUGCAUUGUGAUCCGUGGAAUUUGUGACUAUUCUGAUUCUCACAAGAAUAAGGCGUGGCAAGGGUACGCUGCCUUGGCGGCAGCAUCAUAUGCCAAGGAGCUGGUGGAAACCUUACCCCGGGGCCAAGUUGCGCGUGAGAGAUUAGCCACGGAUAUAUGUAGGUCUGUACAAAAAUUGCAUGAAGAUGUCAAAGGUACAAAUCAACGGCUGGACAAAGCAUACCAUCAACAGAGCCAGUACUAUCUUGAUAAUAAUCAGCGGCAGUGUCACCAAGUCUUUAAAACCUCAAUCUACCAACAGUACAAGGAUAACAACCCCAAUCGAGAACGAGAAACAUGUCAGUGGGUCUUACAGGACCCAAUUUAUCUCCGUUGGAGGGAUAGUUAUCGCAAUGACCUUCUCCUGGUGUCAGCCGACCCCGGCUGUGGCAAAUCUGUCCUGGCGAAAUCCUUGAUCGAUCAUGAUUUGAAGAAACUGACCCCGUCAGCUUCGAUUUGCUACUUCUUCUUCAAAGACAACGAACUGCAGAACAAACUUUCUAUAGGGCUAUGCGCGAUACUUCAUCAGCUUUUUAGUCAACAGCCGAGCCUCUUGCAAUAUGCAAUACCAUCCUGGGAGAAAAACGGCCACAAGCUUCAGGACGAGGUGGGCGAGCUUUGGUCGAUUCUGCUGGCUGCAACCUCACAUCCUACAUCACCGAACACAAUAUGUGUCCUCGACGCGCUCGAUGAGUGUCAUUUGAAUGAUCGAAAGCGACUGAUCCAAGAGCUCAAAGCUUUCUAUACUAGUGGUCAGGGUGGCUCAUCCAACCAGCCCCCUUGCCUCAAAUUUAUAGUCACAAGCCGUCCCUAUGCUGAUAUAAUAAGCGGGUUUCGAGAUAUAACUCGAUUAUGCCGACAUAUCCACUUAAGCGGAGAGGAAAGGAAUGCUCUUAUCCACAAAGAGAUUGACUUGGUAGUCAGAAUCAAGGUGCAAGAACUGGCCGAAAUAACGGGCAUCUCACAGAAGGUGCAGGAGCAGGUUGAGCAACAGCUGCUUAAAAUGGAACAUCGCACGUACCUUUGGUUACAUUUAGCCAUGGACGAUAUCCGAACAAUGUUCCAAGACAGCCUACGACCUGCCGAGCAGGCAAUUUCUCUUGUACCCACUUCCGUGUCCGAUGCUUAUGCAAGGAUUCUCGAGCGAGUCCCAUCCGGUCAAGAGGAUACAGUGCGAAAGAUCUUUCAGAUCAUCGUUGGUGCACGAAGGCCAUUAUCUACACGUGAAAUGGCUAUGGCCUUGGGAGUGGCCACCAAGCCCAAUGCAGUAAUUUCAGCAGAGGCCAUGCUACCUGGAGAAGGUCUAAAAGCCAAACUACGCCGAUUGUUACACCUGAUCCACCAAACAGCCAAGGAAUUUCUUGGCGAAUACAAUGCUCCCAGCAAAACCCAAAAUCUUUUGGCCAGCGUUUGCAUGCACGAAGAAUCCGAUCUCCUCAGCUUUUUGAGAUAUUCAGCAGUGAAUUGGGCUGACCACGACCUGGUAUAUUUGUUAUACGGCGUAUUCACCGUGCCAUUCGACCUUUGGUUUUCCAUAUUUGAGCUUGAAUCAAGUUGGUCUUCUAUGGAAUGGAAAGAUUGCUUCCCUUGGUCUAUGCACUACAAAGUCCAUGCAAUGCACCUAGCAGCAUUCAAUGGCCAUCAUGAAAUAGGAGCCAAUGUGAAUGCCCCAGAUGGGCGAUGGGGCAAUGCCCUACACAUUGCGUUCAGAAGUGGAUAUGACAAGAUUGUUCAAUUGCUUUUGGAGAAUGGGGCCAUUGUUGAUGCACAAAAUGGACAAUAUGGCGAUGAUCUGCAGAAUAGAAACUUGGUCGGGUGGUAG